UAAAAAAGGCGAAUUUUUAAUAUAAAAUAAUAAUUGUUCAUGUGAGAAUCGCACUUCAAUCGACCCGCUCGAAGAUGUUCCUAUCCUACCCUGCUGCGGACCCUUCAAAUUUGUAAGUUGUUUUGUUUAUUCUGACGAAGCGAAAACCCUGAGGCUAGCAAUAAAGGAAUCGAAUCCCCUCCGUUGAAGAAUCAGAAACCCUUGGCAUAGCUUCCCAAUCCCCAAUUUCCGAAACCCUAAUUCGAUUCAAUUUAGGGAUUCAUGGCGAACCCCGCCUCCUCUUCCUCCUCCUCCUCGCAGUUCACCUACUCCUCCGACGCCUCUUACUUCCCCACGCCCUUCCAUCUCCAGCAACCGCCCACACACUACCCUCCUCCCUACGCGGCAGCGCCACUCCCCAACGGCAGCGCGUACCCGUUCCCGCAGGCGCAGCAGCUAUUCCAGAGGGACGCGCAGACGAUCACGCCGGAAGCCCUCGAGAACGUGAAGGCGGCGAUCGCCAACAGCGACAUCGAGCACAAGGCGGAGGCGAAGAAGAAAGCCGUUCCGCGGCGUGCAGCUGGGCAGUCGUGGGAGGAUCCGUCGCUGGCGGAGUGGCCGGAGAACGACCACCGACUCUUCUGCGGGGAUCUAGGGAACGAGGUAAACGACGACGUUUUGUCGAAAGCGUUCUCGCGUUUUCCUUCGUUCAACAUGGCGAGGGUAGUGAGGGACAAGCGUUCGGGGAAAACGAAAGGGUACGGAUUCGUGAGCUUUGCGGAUCCCUCGGAUCUGGCAGUUGCGCUUAAAGAGAUGAAUGGAAAGUACGUUGGGAACCGUCCAAUUAAGCUUUGUAAGAGUAAGUGGAAAGAGAGAACCGAUUUUGACGCUUUGGAGAAGCAGAAGAAGCAAUCCAAGAAGAAGGUUAAAUCUUCAUCUAGGGUUGGAGUCUUGCAUUAUUGACACAAUUUCAACCACACUUAUGUUUAUUACUCUGUUUUCAUUUAAAAUUUGUUUUGAUACUUUGAACUUUUCAUGCUAAGUGACAACCCUUUUAGGUUCCUUCUAUCUUGUAUCUGCUUGUUUCUGUGUCUGGUAUGUUAUACGAAUUAUGUGCAGUUGCUGCAGAGGUUUCGUUUUCCUCUUGUAUCUUUUAUGGCGUGUUUGGUUCUGCGGUGACAUGAGUAAAAUCAAACAGAUGCAUCGAAUCGCGCGUUCGUUUGGCUUUUCUUGAGCUCUUCAUAUUAUUCACGCCUUUCUCUGAUAUGUUGAGUUUGUUUAUCUCUCUCUGACAUGGAACCUUGAGAGCUUCUGAGUUUGCUUCU